UAGACGUUUUGCUUUCCUCGCUUUUAUCUGUUAGCAAGUUAUAAACUGCGACAACUAUGCUAGGUGGCUAGCAAGAAAGCUAACCAUUCCUGUUGGCAACAAACUAGGCAACGGUCGUUCACCAUAAAUGUUACUACAUCGAAACAUGGCAAUAACUAACGAUUGUUGAAUAAUAGAACUUACCGUCGAUGUCCUAGAAACAAUAAUAAAUCUAUAUCGACUUUGAAUCCGUGCAGUUGGUCCUGUUGUUUGUUUAGAUGUCUUGUCACUGCUUUGCGACAAAGAAAGCGCUUUACGUUUGAAACGAACUAGAUUUGUAACUAAUAGGAACGGCUCGACUGGUCUGUCCGUUAAUGGCGGCGGUCGAUUUCCGUUUGUAGAUCUACUAAACAUUAAACCAGCCUCCUGUUUGUCGUAAAGCAGGGAAACUGAAACGUGAACGUCAACUGAUAAUUACCAUUUGAGCAACUAGCUAGCUAAAGUGUUUAAAAAGCUACAAAAGCGAAUUUAGACUUUAUUUUCGUGUAGCUAAGUUACCAGCGAGCAAUUCGGAUAUAUAUUUUAGUUGUUAGGUUGGCGUAGACUUAGCUAACGUUAGCUAGUUUACACUAUGGACAUUUUACGUCCAGCUCUUAUCAAUAUUAAUGGAAGAAUAUACCGGAGAAAUGUAAUAAAGGAAGAACAUUAUGAGGAAGAAGAAGAUUUCUCUUACAUGGGACCACCGGAGGGUGAAGACCUAGGAGAAGAUGAAACCUGUGAUACCAGCUUCAUUGAGCAGACUGAUAAGGGAUACCGCUGUGCCAUUGAUGUGCCAAGUGUUCUGUACAAAUACAUCAUUGGGAAAAAAGGAGAGACCCGCAGACGUCUGGAGUUUGACACAAAGACAUCUAUCAACAUCCCAAAACAAGGAGUGGAAGGACAGAUUGUUAUCACAGGUUCCCAUAAAGCUGCAGUCUCGUCUGCAGUCACACGAGUUGAGGUCCUUGUUGAGAGUUUCCGGAAGAAGCAACCUUUCUCACAUUUCCUGUCGUUUCCUCUGAAUGAUCCCAAGAUUCAAGAAGGAUUCCUGAGCUUCAAAGACGAAGUGUUGCAGCAGUGCGCACAGGAUCAUGGAGUAGAUGGAAGCAUCUUUCAGAACACGGCAAAGCUUCACCUGACAAUCGGCACCCUGGCUCUGUUAAAUGACGCAGAAGUGAGAAAAGCAUGUGAACAUCUCCAAGAAUGUCAAAACUUCAUCAGGGACAUCACAGAAGGAAACCCUCUGCCAUUGGAGGUGACGGGUAUAGAGUACAUGAAUGAUGACCCAGCCAUGGUUGAUGUCUUGUAUGCUAAAGUUAAUGCAAAAGACAGAUCUGACAAGUUGCAGGUGAUUGCGGACCGGCUGGUGGAACACUUUGUCUCAGUGGGGCUGAUGGUCAGAGAGUGGGACCGAGUAAAGCUGCACGGCACUGUGAUGAACACUCUGUUCAGAAAGGACUCCACAGUUGAAGACACGGGCGGCCCAGGAAGACAAGCCAUGAGUGAACGAGAGGCUUUUGAUGCCAGAAACAUAUUAAAGAAAUUUGGUGAAUAUCGUUUUGGAGAGUUUGAGCUGAAUACUGUCCUGCUGUCCCAGAGAUACUCGACAGAUUGCACAGGCUACUACACCUCUGCAGGGAGCGCCAGCUUCUCAUGAGCUUCAACAUUUUCUGAGGUCAUGGAUGACCGAGGCAGCGGGAUGGGAAGUGGAUGGCUGUUGAAGAAACUGUCAGUUGACAGUAAAUCACUGUGAAAGAAACAUCAGAUGACGAACAUGAAUGGAUUUACAACAGACUCUCUUUGCUGAACCUUUUGCUAAAAUCUGUUGGAAAAUGAACAUUUGCUUGGGUUGUGUUUUCGUUCGUGCUGGCAGGAGGUGCUACAUUUUAACAUUCUGUUUAAAUCUGGCAGGAAUAAAUAAAUAAAUGUGUAAAGCAUUCACCCUUGCCCUGUAGAAAUUAAUUGCUGUGUACCAGGAAUUCCUGAAGCGAUCCUGGCGGAGUUGUUUCAUCAUGUGAGAAUAUGUGCAGGCAUGAUAAGCGGCGGAGCCUUAUGAGCCGUUUGUAAGACAGAAAAAAGGGAUGUGUUUACAUAUGUAGACAGCAAAUAUUUACAGAUAAACAACUCUUCAAAUUUUGCUGUUUGCUGUCUUGUCUGAUGUUAUUCAAAUGAGGCUUCUCUUCCCGUCAAAUCCUUUUGUGUAAACUGACUAUGCUUGGUGAACAGGAUAGAUGCGUUUUAUCAACAUCAGCCUGGAGAGGAACACAGCCAACUGAUGACAUCAGUUAAUCCUCUUACAAUUAAAGGCACUCUUCCACAGCGUAACUCUGAUAUGUAGAAGAACGUGUUUAACUAGCUAUAUCGAGCUGCUUCCAUUUUUUUUUAAAGAUUAGGGGGAUGUUGUGUGAAAAUAUGUACACACUAGUUUUAGUGAUUAAGGAAGAUGAUAAAGCCAGGCUUUUCAAUCUAGCCUCUGAUUUCACAGCUGGAUUACUGAACGGGUCUACCUUGGUACAAGAGACAACCAGUAAGAGACUCAAAAUGACCCCAAAGAAACAUAAAGCAACUACAAAUAGACACCAAAUGAUUAUGAAACCCAGAAAGCAACUACAAAGACACUUAAAAUGACUUAACA